GGGGGAGCUUGCCCCAAAUCCAUCGGGGAAUCUCUGGGAGGGUUUGUUUGCAGGAGAGGGGAUGUUUGGAUCUUGCAGGGCCCCAGGGGUGAGAACAGAUGCCCCUUUGGAGAAUUAUGGAGGGUUCCUGUGGCAAUCUCUGUACUGGCUGGGGAGGUGGUACCAGUUGGGGGUGGACAUUGGCAUCAGAAUGGGGAGAGCAGCAAGAGCCAAUCCCGGAGCUGGGGGAUCCCAGCAGCCUGGAGGAGUGGGGGAGGCUGGAGAUGAGCAGGGUCUGGGCCUGCCCAACGGUGGACAGGGCAGUUACUUCUGGAGCUGGACUUGGGCAGCGGGACCAAGGGUCUCAGCUGUUGUUUUUCCCCCAAGCCAGGAUUUGUCAAUCCCAAACUUUGUCUGGAUGGAGGUGGAGGAGGCUGCAAGGAAAAGGAAGAAUGGUGUGGGACACUGAGGCAGGCCAAGGCCAUCCUGCCAGGGAUGAAUUGGUGGGAUCUCCUUCCCCUUCCCUGUGGCACAAUGGCACUGAGCUGCAGACGGAGACCAGGGAGAGCAAAUCCCUGCUGCAGAACCUCAUGGAAGAGGCUGUUUGGAGCAGCUCCAUGGCACAGGAAUCCAGUGGGGAGGAAAAGCCCUGGAGAUCCCACACAAGGAGGGGCUGCAAACCCCCUGGAGAUGUAAAGAGGAAAGAUGCCCCCUGUGCCAGGAAGGCAGCUGGAGAUCCAUUUGGAACUCAGAGGUGGUGGAGAGGACUCAUGGCAGGCAGAAGCCCCACAAGUGCUUGGGAUGUGGGAAGGGCUUCAGCCAGAGCUCUGGAGCUCAUACCUGAUCCAGGUGAUCCCCACAGGGAACUGGCCCUACAAGUGUGGGGAGUGUGGGAAGGGCUUUGGGCGGAGCUCCAACCUCAUCAGUCACCGCAUGAUCCACACCAGGAGAGGACCUAUGAGUGUCCCGAGUGUAGGAGGUGGUUUCUGAGCAGCUCCAAUCUCAUCAUAAAGAGUCAAGGGGUCAGCUGGAAAUGUAUUUACAAUAAUUGAAAACUGUGGAUGAGUUGAGGGGCUAGCUGGGAAUAUAAUUGAGAUAGUAGAAGAUUACAUAUUUUAGUUAAGAUUUAAAAUUAGUUAAGAAGCUAAGUUAGCUAGCAAAAAUCACAUACCUUAGUGAAAGAGUGACAAAUAUAUUAGAAAGUAAAGCCAGGAGUGACAGAGAUAGAUGUAGCAAUUGUGAAGGAGCAGAGACCAUAGAAAUACCUUGCCUUAAGAAUAAUCAAACAGUUUUAUAAUCACAGUCUAAAGAAGAAUAAUCACAGUCCAAACAGAGAGGCUUGGACUGUGACCAGCAGAUCACAAAGUCCUGCAAACUGGCCAUGGGUGAGGAGUUUACCAUGAGGAAGACAGCUUUCUUCCUCCCAUAUGCCCACUCCCUUAUUUCAAAAUCCCACUGACCCAAUUAAGGGAGGGCAAUUGCACAGCCAUAUUAGGUAUUCAGCUGAUUAUAAUACAAAGUAGGCAGGUAAUGAUUCUGUAUUACGUCUCCUUAGAAACUGCCUGGAUAUGUAAAACCUUUUCUGUAUAAACAGAGAGCAGGAGUCUGCCACUCCUUGCACAUGCUUUUGGAAAUGAUUCCUCAUGUGUCCAGUGCUGAAAUAAAACAACCUUCUUUUGAACUUUAA